AUGCUGGAGCGAUCUCUGGAGGAGGGUGGCGACAUCCGUCUGCAGGACUCCAUUUACGUCUGGCGCUCCAUCACCCAGAACCCCGUGGCUUCCUACAUCGCCUUCCGCUACGUGCGGCAGAACUGGGACUCCAUUUACGCCAGUACUGUUGGGGCCUUUCCAGACGACGAAAAUGGAGAACCAAUCCAAAACUAUGAAUGGAUGCCCAAAUGGGCCUAA